AUGCUAGUGUUGAUUAUUCCAGAUUCCAAAUGGCCAUAUAUGGUCUAUACCGAUGCAUCACUUAAAGGACUAGGCUGUGUGCUAAUGCAAGAUGAUAGAGUUGUAGGUUACGCAUCAAGACAGCUGAGACCGCAUGAGGAGAGUUAUCUAACUCAUCAUCUUGAGUUAGCAGUGGUUGUAUUUUCCUUGAAAAUAUUGAGGCACUAUCUUUAUGGUUCACAGUUUGAGUACCAUCCGAGGAAGGCCAAUGUAGUAGCUGAUACUUUGAGUUGUAAGACCUUACAUGUUGUAUGGCUGAUGAUCCAUGAGUACAAGCUGCUAGAGGAUUUCUCUAGUGAACACCAGAAUAGUCUAGAUUUUGUCGUGUACAACUUGAAUACAACAAUAAUCACUAAUGAAUUCUGGAAGGACUUAAGGAAAGCCCAACUUGGAGACAAGUAUCUGUUGGGAAUUAAAGAUGAUAUUGAGGCAAACAAGACUAAGGACUUUUGGUUCAAUGAUGAUGGGUUGGUAGUGUAUAGAGAUCAGGUAUGUGUACCUGAUGAUAAAAGGGUUCAAGAGCCCAUUCUAGUUGAAGCUCAUAGGAGUAAGUUCACCAUUCAUCCAAGAACCACCAAGAUGUAUCAAGAUAUGAAGAGUCGGUAG